GCAGCGGGCGACGCCGCGCCCGGAGCCGCCAUGAGUCGACGCGACCGGGUGGCCUACGUGUGGCCGGCCGAGCCCGCCUUCCUGGCCCGCCUGAGGGAGCGCGUGGGCCGCGCGGAGGGGCCGACCGUGGACACCAAGAGAAUUCAGCCUCUGGUCCCAGAUGAAGAUGGUGACCGCAGUGACCAAGAAGAUGAACAGCCCCAAGUGGUGGUUUUAAGGAAGGGAGACCUGACAGCUGAUGAGGUCAUGAAGAUCAAAGCAGAAAUAAAAGCAGCCAAAGCAGAUGAAGAACCAGCUUCAGCUGAUGGAAGAAUCAUGUAUCGAAAGCCAGUCAAGCGUUCCACUGGUGAAAAAUAUUCUGGAUUAACAGCAAGUUCCAAAAAGAAAAAGACAAAUGAAGGUGAAACAGAUAAACAGGACUCAGUUAAAAAGAACACACAGAAGCAAGUCAAAAACAGUAGUCUCCUUUCAUUUGACAAUGAAGAUGAAAAUGAUUAAGUGUUUUGGACUUAGUCUUCUUUAGGGAUUUUAAUAACACUUUUCCUAUUAUAAGAAUAACUUCAAGUUCAAUAUGAAAAUUGAGAAAAACCGGGGAAUCAGAUUAGCAAAAUAAAAACUGUCCAGUACUCCUCUGA